GCUUUCUUAGGGCCCAUAAGGUAGAAAAGAUGGAGAAAAAAUUAUAUAUAAGUUAGAUUAUAAAAUCAAAGAAAUUAAUUGUUAAGAAUAUAAAAGUGACAAUUUAAUAUAAAGACACCUGAAGGCAAGAACAAUACACAGUGAAUCCAAUUCCAUUUUGAUGAUACCAUAUUUCACAGCUACAGUAUUUGGCAAAUUGUUACAAAAUGAUCCAUAUGGUCGCAUUUCCAUUAUGCAUUUUUUCAAUUAUGUUAUGAGGAAAGUAUGGCUUCAUCAGACACGUAUUGGGCUUUCCCUUUAUGAUGUUGCUGGACAAGGCUAUUUAGAAGAACCUGAUUUGGAAAACUAUAUUCUUGAAUUAAUUCCUACAUUAUCUCAGCUUGAUGGUUUGGAAAAAUCAUUUCAUUCCUUUUAUGUCUGUACUGCUGUAAGAAAAUUCUUUUUCUUUCUUGAUCCUAUGAGAACUGGAAAAAUUAAAAUUCAAGAUAUAUUAGCAUGUAGUUUUUUGGAUGAUCUUCUUGAGUUGAGAGAUGAAGAACUACCAAAAGAUGCUCAACAGUCAAAUUGGUUUUCAGCCCCUUCUGCUUUACGUGUAUAUGGACAGUAUCUUAAUUUAGAUAAAGACCAUAAUGGCAUGCUUAGUAAGGAAGAAUUAUCAAGAUAUGGUACAGGUACAUUAACUAGUGUUUUUAUUGAAAGAGUAUUUCAAGAAUGUCUUACAUAUGAUGGUGAAAUGGAUUACAAGACAUAUUUGGAUUUUGUAUUGGCAUUAGAAAACAGAAAAGAACCUCAGUCUUUACAGUAUUUUUUCCGAAUAUUGGAUAUAAUAGGAAGAGGUUAUUUGAAUGUAUUCAGUUUAAAUUAUUUCUUUAGGGCAAUCCAGGAUUUAAUGACUCAACAUGGACAAGAACCUGUUUCUUUUGAAGAUGUUAAAGAUGAAAUAUUUGAUAUGGUUAAACCUGAAGAUCCUCUGAAAAUUACUUUACAAGAUUUGAUUAAUUGUGGUCAAGGUGAUACUGUAGUCAGUGUAUUGAUUGAUUUAAAUGGCUUCUGGACUUAUGAAAAUAGAGAAGUUUUAGUGGCAGAAAUGAAUGAAGAAGCAGAAGUUUGAUGUAUAAAUUCAUAUGAAGUACUGUAUAUCUAGAUUAAUGUUUUUUUCUAUUUCAUACAUUUAUUGUAAAUAUAAAGUCAAUUUUUUUAUAAAUUAUUGUUUGUAAGUUUACAAGUGAGAUUUUUUUUAUUU